CUUCUAUUCACGCCCAAUUGCUUUUUCUAUUCAAUCUCCACUCAGGCCACAUCUCAGAUCUUUAGAAUCCUUCGAAUUCAUUCAUUCACCUUCAAUUUGUUUGUUUGUUCUGUCGUUGUUUCGUCACCCCGAAUACCAAGCCCCGCCAUCGAGCACAUAAGGUUGGGGUAGCUCAGCCAGCCAGCCAGCAUCACUAGAUUCCUACAUAGCUCAUCCAAACGAACGUGUCCACAAGCAAGCCAGCUCCAACCCAACCCAAACUUUUUUAGUGCUCCAACUACCUCGUAUCUACCACCCGCCCGCGGCCGCCGCCGCAAACACCACCACUACCACCACUCACACCACCCACGCUUCACGACUACACAUACCACAUACCACCACCGCCGCUGCAAUGAAUAUCUUCCGGAUCGCAGCAGAUCUCUCGCAUCUGGCGAGUAUCUUUAUCUUGCUGCACAAGAUGAAAACGUCACGGACGUGCGCAGGAAUCUCGCUCAAGUCGCAAUGCCUCUACUUACUGAUCUUCGUUACGCGCUACCUCGACAUCUUCACGACAUUCAACAUCUCGUACUACAACACGAUCAUGAAGGUCGUAUUCCUGGGGGAAACGGGGUACACGAUCUACCUGAUGACUUCGCCGUUCAAGCCUACACACGACCCGGCAAUCGACACGUUCCGGGUGGAGUUCCUUCUGGUGGGCGCGGGCGUGCUAGCGCUCGCAUUCCCGUACCAGUACACUUUCUCGGAGAUCCUGUGGAGCUUCAGCAUCUGGCUCGAGAGCGUCGCGAUCCUACCGCAGCUGUUCAUGAUGCAGAGGACGGGCGAGGCGGAAACGAUCACCACGCAUUACCUAUUUGCCCUGGGCGCUUAUCGCGCCCUCUACAUCCCAAAUUGGGUCUGGAGAUAUGUCAUGGAGGGCCAUGUCGACCAGAUCAGUCUGCUGGCUGGCAUCGUGCAGACGGUCCUCUACUCGGACUUUUUCUAUAUCUACUAUACGAAGGUUAUGAAGGGGAAGAAGUUUGAGCUGCCGGUGUAGUGGCAGAGGCAGCUGGAGGGGAACGCGGGGGGGCGGAGAGAGG